GGUGAACUACAUACAAAGCAUAACAAUUGACGACAUUUGUGCACCGUACUCAUUUCGAAAUUUCGGACAAACAAAAAAGAUUUUUCAUUAAAAUCCUAUUUCGCGAAGGCAUUUUUUGCAAUUAAUUCAUUACUCAAGGCUAAAAUUGAGUAUUUUUAGAACUUUAUAGCUAUAUUUCACAAUGCCCGACAAAAUUCCUGAAAUCAAGAUUGUUCCACUGGGUGCGGGACAAGAUGUUGGACGGUCGUGUAUUCUUAUUACUAUCGGUGGAAAGAAUAUUAUGGUAGAUUGUGGAAUGCAUAUGGGAUACCAAGAUGAUCGAAGAUUUCCUGACUUUUCGUAUAUUGGUGGAGGUGGAAGACUAACUGAUUACCUAGAUUGUGUCAUCAUUUCACAUUUUCAUUUGGAUCACUGUGGAAGUUUGCCUCAUAUGAGCGAAAUUGUGGGAUACGACGGACCAAUUUACAUGACUUACCCUACAAAAGCCAUUUGCCCAGUUUUAUUGGAAGAUUACCGAAAAGUUCAAUGUGACAUCAAAGGCGAGACAAACUUUUUCACCUCAGAUGACAUCAAGAAUUGUAUGAAAAAGGUUGUCGGAUGUGCACUUCAUGAAAUUAUUCACGUUGACAACGAACUUUCUAUUCGUGCAUUUUAUGCUGGACAUGUUCUUGGAGCUGCAAUGUUUGAAAUUCGACUUGGAGAUCAUUCUGUUCUAUACACUGGUGAUUACAACAUGACUCCAGAUAGGCAUCUUGGAGCGGCGAGAGUUCUUCCUGGUGUUAGACCAACUGUCCUUAUUUCUGAGUCAACAUAUGCGACCACAAUCCGUGAUUCGAAAAGGGCAAGAGAAAGAGAUUUCCUUCGAAAAGUUCAUGAAUGUGUGAUGAAAGGAGGAAAAGUAAUUAUUCCAGUCUUUGCCUUGGGACGAGCGCAGGAGCUGUGUAUCCUGCUUGAAUCAUAUUGGGAGAGAAUGGCUCUCAACGUACCAAUCUAUUUUUCCCAAGGUCUUGCAGAACGGGCAAAUCAGUAUUACCGACUUUUCAUCAGCUGGACCAACGAGAACAUUAAGAAAACUUUCGUAGAAAGAAAUAUGUUCGAAUUCAAGCAUAUCAAACCAAUGGAAAAGGGAUGUGAAGAUCAACCAGGACCUCAGGUUCUCUUUUCUACUCCUGGAAUGCUUCACGGAGGUCAAUCGCUCAAAGUUUUCAAAAAAUGGUGCUCAGAUCCUCUGAACAUGAUCAUUAUGCCUGGUUACUGUGUCGCUGGAACAGUUGGAGCAAGAGUUAUUAAUGGCGAAAAGAAAAUUGAAAUUGAUCAAAAGAUGCACGAAAUUCGACUUGGUGUGGAAUACAUGUCGUUUAGUGCUCAUGCUGAUGCUAAAGGAAUUAUGCAGCUUAUCCGUCAAUGUGAGCCUCAACACGUCAUGUUUGUGCACGGCGAAGCUUCAAAGAUGGAGUUCUUGAAAGGAAAAGUGGAAAAGGAGUACAAAGUACCUGUUCACAUGCCAGCAAACGGAGAGACUGUAGUGAUUUCUGCUCAACCGAAGCUUGAUAUACGAGUUCCACUUGAGAAAAUUGACAGAAGCCUAAGCCUCGAUCCGAAUCCUGCCAAAUCGGAAUGCCCAUUUGUCGCCGAGCUCGUUUACGAUCAAGAAAAUGAACGACUGAAUAUCAUGUCUACAGCAGAAUCAGAAGAUUUGAUAAAAGAUAAAAACUGCAUGCCGAUCACUCUCUCAUUGUCAGAAAUCAUCAAAGGCAAAAAAGUGAAUUGGAAGGAAUUAUCAAACGAGCUUCUACUCUAUGAUCCACACUUGCAACUAAAAGACGACGGCAUUGAAAUGUUUGAUGGAGAAAUCACUAUUUUAGCAAACAAUUCUGAUGAAACAGAGCUUGAACUGAUCUGGGACGAAUGCCGUGAACAGUGGUUCAAGGUUAUCCAUAAAGCCAUCACUGAUCUCAUUUCACCCGAAUCCUCCCCGGUCCCUCCUGCUAUCUCUGUUAAAGCAUAAGAUUUUAACAAAUACUUUUUACGGUUACGAUUUUUUUACUUGUAAAAGUUGGAAAUAAAUUUAACAUUCAUGAGAAC